UAGCUAUGUAGUCCAUGGUUGUGUGCAUGGUCAUAUGGGGAUAUGAGUCGCUGCCUUUCUUGGCCGAAAAAUUUGGUGAUAGGAAUGAAGCUGCAAAUGUGGUUCCUCUUCUCCGUUACAGAUCAAGUCGCAAGCGUUUUAAUUUUGACGCAUAUGUGUUGCAGGAAAAGCAAGAACACGGCAGUGUACGUGUAAGGCAUAUGGUGGACAAGGAAGAAGAAAAUCUUUUCCCAUCUUGGCCAGAUGAAAACACGGAUUGUAGCCUUGAAAAUCUUGUAGGAGAUAUAAAGCAUGGUCGACUUGAUGUCAAUUUUUGGGAUGUACCGAGUGCUGAUAAGGGUACAAGUGAUAAAGCUAAGUCCGUGCGGUAAAAGAGUAAGAAGCGAAAUGACAGUGAUGAUGAUUUCGUGGACAAGGUUCCACAGAAGAAAAUGGUUGUGCAGGAGAAGAAGAACAAAAGAAAUGAUGAAGAAGAAGCCGCAAGAGAAGAUGGGAAGAAGAUCCGGAGAAGUAAAGGGAAAGAGAU